UAAAAAGUACCAAAUUUCUUAGGUCCAAAAAUUGAACGGACUAGUGGUAUAGGGUCAGAAGUGCAAAUAAAUUUAAAUAUCUACACAUGAUUCGGACAGCUGUACAUCCAGCCGAACGCUUUUGGCGUCUUCCAUCCGACAAUUGACACGUUGCACAUAUCUGCCUAUUGGGACCACCUACCAAGCCCACCACUCGCAUUCCCAGCGCGUGCACUACAUUCACACACAAAAUAUCCAAUCACCCAAGCCAAGAGACCAUAACGUGUCACAAUCCGCGAAAUUAGAAAAUAAAAAAGGUCAAAAUAGAAAGAAGCAGUGUGGGGCCCAUCUUAAAAAAUAUCAAACCCAUAUCCACAAACAAAGCUCCAAAAUAUCACAUGUUUCACUGUACAUUUAACCCGACCCGGAUAACCGACUCCGGCCCCGCCCUGACCCGGCCCACACCUUAUAUUAUGGGUGUCCUCUCACCAUCACAAUUGAAUGCACAAAUUUUUCUGUUACAGCUAACUUGCGCCCCCCCUAUCUCUCUCUCUCUCACACACACAGAGAAAAAACACACACACUCUUUCUCUCUCUAUCUCUCUCUCUCCGAGGCGAGAACUUAUAUGCGUGGUGGAAUGGAGAUGAAUAACGGUAACGGUAGUAUGAUAGCGCCGUUUGUGAUGAAAACGUACCAAAUGGUGAACGAUCCGGCGACGGACGGGCUAAUUGCGUGGGGGAAGGCGAAUAACAGCUUCAUCGUUGUCGAGCCGUUGGAUUUUUCGCAGAGGAUUUUGCCGGUUUAUUUUAAGCACCAUAAUUUCUCCAGCUUUGUGCGGCAACUCAAUACUUAUGGUUUCAGAAAAGUUGAUCCAGACAGGUGGGAGUUCGCAAACGAAUGGUUCCUACGUGGCCAAACGCAGCUACUCUGCAACAUCGCCAGAAAAAAACUCACCGGAAAAUCCCACACUUUGAAUCUCCGGCAACUCGACGGCGGCGGCGGCGGCGGCGACGAUGAAGACGAGGAGCUGAUAACGGAGAUCGCGAGACUAAAGGAAGAGCAGAAGAAUUUAGAGCAGGAACUCGAGAGCAUGAACCGCAGGCUGGAGGCGACGGAGAGAAGACCGCAGCAAAUGAUGACUUUCCUGUACAAGGUUGUCGAAGACCCCGAGAUGCUGCCACGUAUGAUGCUCGAGAAAGAGAUGAACAUAAGAUCCGGCGGUCGGCUGAUCGCGUCUUGCGUUGACAGCGACAAGAAGAAGAGGAAGGUUAUCGCGACGAAAUCCGCGACGGAUUAUUCGUCGUCCGCGAGUUCUUCGAUCAAGACCGAGGAUGAUCUAGAACCUCGCACGAAUGUCGGUGGAGAGUCUUCGUCGCCGAUUUCGUCUCCUGACGGGAAUUUCGAUGUUGAUGCUUAUAAUUAUCGCAAAUCUGAACCGGAUUGGUUGGGUUUUAGAGGGAGUUCCGGUUAUGCGGAUCUGGAUAGUCCGUCGUUUAGGGGCUCUGGCGGCGAAGGUGGUGGUUUUGUGGCGGUGGCGCCGCCUGUAAACGGUGGCGCGGAUGGAUUUGAUGGGAAUUAUUUUGAAGGGUUGAUUGGUGGGGAGAAUGCGAGUACGCAGCCACCUUAUCCGUUCUCACUGUUGGGAGGUGGUUUUUAGUCGUGUUUAUUUGGUAUUUAGUUUUUAGUCCUUCUAAUUUAGUUGCUUUCUAAUAUAUCUUCCUUUUUGGAGUAAAGAUGAAAAAAAUAAAAUAAAAUAAGGAUAGAAAAUUAAUGUGUAUUUAUGCAGUAUAUGCACUUGUUUUUGCGUUUCGUUCAGUAUAAGAUUGUAAAUAUUUUUUGUAGUAAUAUGAUAUUGAUAUAUAGUUAGAGUUUACAAAACAUUUAUAUCACCUUUGUAAUUAAUUUUGAGCCUUGAUUUU